AUGGUCGGUUCGUACGAAGAGAGCAUUAUCCGUGGGCGAAUGUCAACGACCCCUUCCAAACCCCUGGACUUCGUUGCCCAGAUUGGUGUUUUGGGUCUUGGUAAGUGCAAGUCGAGUCUUCGCUGCCCAGCUCAUGUGACCGUGCCUUUCCCUGCUGUAUUCUACAGCUAUGAAAGUACGAGCCAUGGUCGUACAGGCAAACAUGAGGAUGGACCCAGUCCGUACGUUGGUCAAAUUGAUCUCGAAAACAGCCUGCCGAACUCGGAUGAGGCUCGAGAUAGUAAGAGGAAGCGCGGCACCAAUCUGACCCGCACCUUGGAAGGGGACAUUGAGAUGACUGAUGACCUGACUACACCCCAGCUUACAGAGCGUGAGAUUCGCCGAGCUGGGAAGUUCAAACGGAGAUCGACAUCGCCUAGAGCACCUCCUAGAGGCAGCUACAGAAUUCCCGAAAAGGGUCAGUUGCAAAUUAUCAUCAAGAACCCAAACAAAACGGCUGUCAAGCUAUUUCUCGUCCCCUACGACCUCGCUGGCAUGGAACCAGGCACCAAAACGUUCAUUCGCCAACGAAGCUACUCAGCUGGCCCCAUCGUUGAUACGCCUGUUCCUGCCAUACCGCAAACGUCGUCAAAUCCACUAGACCGUCCUAUUUUACGCUAUUUAAUACAUUUGCACAUAUGUUCGCCCUCUCGUGGACGGUUUUAUCUCUACAAAAGCAUUAGAGUUGUUUUCGCCAAUCGUGUACCAGACGGAAAGGAGAAGCUACGGAAUGAGCUCUCCUUACCCGAACCACGCUUCAGUACAUACAAGCCUGGUCGGGACUUUACUCUUAGCCUCGCACUUAGUGGAGGUGCAGGCGCCAGUCUUGCAGCCGAGAAGGCAUAUCGAAGACGAAGUUCGGGGUCCCCCCUGGGUCCUCCGGCGAAAGCGUUCAAUCCGAUGGUUGGGAUCACGUCGUCGAUGGAGGAUGGGUUCAGUAGCGGAUCGCCACUCGACUUUGGUCGAAGCUCGAGUACUAAGCCCGUUCAACCCAUCCCAUUCAGCCUAGUGGCUAAGUCUGCACGCAUGGACAAUGAUGCUGUUUCUGAAAGGCCCACGGACGUUCAGUCGCCAUCUUCUAGCAGGAGCAGUCAGGCGCCGAUGUCAAGAAGCUCUAGGUCUAUGUCAUGGAAUAGUGAAUUCACUGGUAUCGACGGAGAUUAUGACAGACUAAACAAAGGAGAUGCUGGUUACAGAGGCAAUUUCCUCAUGGGGUCACCUGAUAGCAGAUUGGUCUCCGGGCUACUUGCAAAGAAGUUGAGGGAUCUUGGCGUUGAGAUGAAGAGCUUGCAAGAUGGCGUAGAUUAG